AUGGAGGUGGUAAUAUUAAAAGCGAAAGCCCAACUGAAUCGUCUCGUGUCGUCCGGUAAGAGACGCGCGGGGAGCAGCGAGCGCGAGCCCCUAACGGAGGGAGGUGGCGGGGGCGCGCGGGGCGGCGCGGGGCGCGCGCGCUCUGGCACCAUGGCGCCCGCCGCGCCCGCGCCUGUCUCCGUCGCGCCCUGGCUCAACGCCACGCUCGUAUACAACGCCACGAAGCUCAACGCAACAUUCGACACAGAUUAUGAGCUGCUCAAUGGGAGCUCCACCGAUGAACACAACAAUCACUGGUUUUGCGCUAAAUGGACCAACGCACAACAAGAUCUCUUUCAGGCGGCAAACUUAUGCUUUGCUAUUGCGUUCCUGGCGCCAAAGAGCUUCAAGCAGAGCAUCCUGGUGCUACGAGCGCUAGCGGCCGCGGGAGCAGUGCUCAUGGGCUUAUGGGCUGGGGCAGAGGUGUGCGCGCCCGAUGUACUUAUCUGGAGCCUCGCCUUAGUGCUUGUUAAUUCUAUACACACUGUAUUUUUAAUUAUAAGGUUCUUACCGCCAGCACUAUCACUUGAGCUCACAGAGCUGUACUUGAAGCUGUUUAAGCCGCUGAAAGUCAACAAAAAGCACUUCCAAGAACUGACACGUGAAGCGCGUAUAAUGCGUCUGGAUCCCGGGGAAGCGUACGCGGUUGAAGAAGUGACGCCGGCUGAUGAGAGACUUUCUAUAUUAUUGAGGGGAAAAAUGCGAGUAAGCUGUGACGAAACGCAUCUCCAUUUCAUACAACCGUAUCAGUUCAUAGAUUCGCCCGAAUGGGAGGCCAAUCGUGAACAGUCUGACGAUGUCUUCCAGGUAAGCGUGAUCGCGGAGGAGCAGUGCACGUGUGUAUGCUGGCCGCGCAUGCGCCUCGAGCGCGUCUUGCGUCACCGCCCUGCACUCAAGGUCGUCCUCGACUGUCUUAUAGGUAAAGACAUAACCCACAAGUUGUACUCAGUCAGCGAGGGAUUAGGUGCGGGAAUGGUAACUGAUAACGAGGGUCCCCCUUUACACCUCACACGCUCGGCCAGCGUUGACGCCGUGCACGAAGGAGCCCGCGGCAGACUGCGUAGUGUAGCAUGGCGCGCACGCACCACUGCACCUAAAAGUACAUCAUACUGGCAACCAGUGGUAGCCCGUCAAUUUCUUCGGCAAUCACCGUUUGGGCGGUCCGUACAGCCUCCCCCGCGGUUGAUGACUCAAACUUCUUCUGCAAGCUUACAACCUCCGGCACCCGCAAGGCGUCGGAGUCCACCGCGGCGCUCUACGUCGUUCCGCCGAGGGCGAGAAGUUAAGUUUGCGGAGAUGACUACGUCUCCAGAGCCUACUGUGUGA